GCUGGUGUGGUGCGAGACGGAUGAUCUCUGCAGCUUCCCAGGUCGCGUCCCCAGACUCCUGACACCGACCCCGGCGCCAGGGACCUGGAAGACCGGCCCGCGAGGCGCGUUCCGGGAGGGCGCCCUGAACGGGGCUCCCGGAGGAAAGGGGCCUCCCGGAGAGGGGCCCUGGAAACGUUCGCAGGCUGCCUCCGUUUGCAGGUCCAUCUUGUGCACCGCUUAGAACACAUUUUGUUAAGGAGGAAGCUGAUGUGAACAGGCUACGGGGCGUAUCCAAGGUCGUCCAGGAGUCUUCCAGAGGGUCCUCCCAGCAGCAGCUGAACAGGAGCGUUAGGCCAUGCUGUUGCUGGCUCAGGCACCCAAGGCUUGGCACAGGCUCUUUCAGCUCAAGCCUCCAGCCCUCCCUAGGACCCCAGGAGGAGAGGCCCAGCAUGUGAGGUGCCGGCUCCUAUCAAGGCAGGGCCCUGCAGAGACGGGAAGGCAGGACCAGCCCCAGGGCCCUGGGCUACGAACUAGGUUGCUGAUCACAGCCUUGAUUGGGGCUGGGCUGGGUGGGGUCUGGCUGGCCAUGAGAGCUGAGAAGGAGCAGUGGCAGCAGCAACGACGGACAGAGGCCCUGCGCCAAGCUGCCGUGGGCCAGGGUGACUUCAGCCUGCUGGAUCACCAGGGCCAGGCUCGCUGCAAAGCUGACUUCCGGGGCCAGUGGGUGCUGAUGUACUUCGGCUUCACUCACUGCCCUGACAUCUGCCCCGAGGAACUGGAGAAGCUGGUGCAGGUGGUGCGGCAGCUGGAGGCGGAGCCGGGCCUGCCCCCCGUGCAGCCCAUCUUCAUUACCGUGGACCCCGAGCGGGAUGAUGUGGCGGCCAUGGCCCGCUAUGUGCAGGACUUCCACCCCAGGCUGUUGGGCCUGACCGGCUCUGCUGAGCAGGUUGCCCAGGUGAGCCGCAGCUACCGCGUGUACUACAGCGCCGGCCCCAAGGACGAGGACCAGGAUUAUAUCGUGGACCAUUCCAUCGCCAUCUACCUGCUCAGCCCUGACGGCCUCUUCACAGACUACUACGGCAGGGCCAGGUCGGCCGAGCAGGUCGCAGACAGCGUGCGGCGCCAUAUGGCUGCCUUCCGCAGCGUCCUGCACUGAGCCGGGUCAUUAAAAGGAUGUGGUGGAGCUGUGUGUGCCUGAGAUCUGUACCAGCAGCCCCUGGAGGCCACGGCAGGAAAGGGUCUGGAGACAUGGUAGCUUCCUGGGGUGCAGAGGACAGACAGCCCUUUCCUCCACACGGAAUGGUUUUGUAAAGGUUUUUUAAAGGGAUUGGCGGAAUGACAACACUUUAUUGGGCUGGGCGAGCCGGGAAGCAAAGUGGAGUGAGCAGACGCAUGCCCAGCACCUGCGGGGGACAGGGCUUCAGGGCCCAACCCCGGUCUCAGUGCUCCCCACUCAGGGCUGGACCAUGGAGGGGGCAGCAUAGGUCUGGAAGCGCUUGUGGGCCCGCUGGUACGUGAGCAGUCUCAGGGACAUGGUAUCCACCGCCGCCUCUAGCCCAGGCUGCUGGGUGAUCUCCACCGUGUAGUCAUUAGCCUGUAGAGACAGACUGUCAGCAGAGACCAGGGACCUCCUCCCUCCCAGGCUCCCAGGCCACUUACCAGCUGCAGGGAGGCCAGCAUGGAACGACACACCUCAAAGGCAGGCUGGCCAGCCACCAACUCCGCAAAGGGACACCACUGGUUGAGUUGGCUGAACCUUGAGACUACCUGGUCCCCGUAAGUGUGGAUGUCAAAGGGCACAUGCUGCUCCUGCAAAGGGGAGGGGCAGGUCCUGGGGCUGGCCCAAGGCAGGCAGCAGGAGGCUCCAGCUGUCCACCAGAGGCCCUGGCCCAGCCCACCUCACCUGCUCCUGGAGCAGGGGCUGGAUGACGUCCUCCCAGUCCCUGACGCGCUGGCUCAGCUCUGUCUCCUGGACGAAUUUCUGCGAGGUGGCGAUGAAGAGCUCCUGCGGGAGGAGCAGGGGCUGUCACCUCUGUGCAGCGCCCACCGCCCGGCUCCCCCACCCGCUCUGACCUGGGCCUACCACGUUCCUUCGGACCAGCUCCUCGUAGCUUAGGGACGCCGGCAUGGCUUCUGCUUCUGGAAAAGGGCAGCCAUGAGGUGCUCCGGCCGUGAGCCUCACCUUCUCCUUCCUCCCCUCAGGGUCCCCUGGCCGGCAGCCCACUCCCAGACCUACCCAGGUCUGCGUCUUCCCCAGGCUCGGCCCCCUCAGGCUCUGCGUACUCCUCGGGCUCUAGAAAGUCACCUGCUGGGAGGGGAGGACCCGAGCAGAAGGCAGGUUAGCCCACAGCCGGCGCUGAGCCCCGACCCAGCCUGCCCCAAGUAGGCACCCACCUGCCGCUCCCAGGUCCUCCAGGGAGUCCUCCAGCCGAUCCUCCUCCGCAGGCCACGCUUCCUCCUGAGCCCUCGGCAGCCACCGCUCAGCUGCCUGCGCAAAGAGAGCAUCUGAGGGGCACUGCCGCCUCCCACCAGGGGCCAAGUGGGGUCCAGGUGGUGGCCGGUACUUGCCUCCCUCCUCUGCAGCUUCCGGAGGGUCUCCAGCUGCUCCCUCACGUGUCUCCAGUACAGGACCUCCAUGUCUGCACACGAAAGCCUUGUGAGAAGGGCCCCCUCAUCCUGCCCAGGUCCACCCGAAUCCACCCAGGGCCUUAGGUGUCCCCAGGCUGAGGAGAGGUGGCAGAGCAUGGUGCCAUCGUCCCGCAGAAGAGCCCACAAGGCCCCGGCCUCACCUGCGAAGGAAGGGCCCUUUCGCCGGGGCCUCCUGCUGUCAGCGUGGUCAGCAUCUGCAAGAGGACUGGGUCAGCAGGCGCCUAGCCAAGUGCCACAGCCACACCCGGGCCCUCUGGCCCUGGCCCAGCCCCCAGGCCCACGCACAGGCAGCCAGGUACCACUGGUGGAAGUCCUGCAGCUUGACAGCACCCUUCCUCUUACGCUUCUGUCCUGGAGCCUCCUCCACACAGGGGGGCACAGAGUAGGGCCUACCUGGGGGCAAACAGACGGUCUCGGAGCACAACCAUGGCCCAGAGCAGAUCACCAUGCCCACAGGCCCUGGAGCCCCAGCCUCCACUCAAGCCAGGUGAGCCCAGCCCCAGGUGCCCAGGGGCAGUGCCUCUCCCCCAGUUACCUUUCCUGAAGGGCUUAGAGUCCAGGGAGUCGAAGGGGUCCAGGCCCUGCCAGGGGUCUGGGGUCUCCUGAGCACAGAGCACAAGCAGACACAGGAGAGUGGAGGACAUGCACCCUCCCCCCAGUCGAGAGACAUAGGGAGGGAGGUGCCCUGGGGCUGCAGGAGAGAGGUCUAAUUCUGGGGAAGAAGAUUGCUCGAAAGACAGCCACUGCAGAGAGGCCUCAAGCAUACCCUCCCUGCUGGGGGUCCAGGCCCCACCAGCCCUCACCUUCAGCCGGGACGCAGGCUCCAGGGCCUCCCUUUGCUCCCGUAGUGCACACCUCCUGGGCUGGGCCGCACUCUGCAAAAAAAAACGCCGAGGGUUCCCCUCUCCUCCUCCACCCAAGGCUCCAGGCACCCCAGCAGCCCUGCUCUGGGGCCAGACACCAAGAACCCUGCAGGGACCUUCUCUGGGGGCAGGAAGUUCAAAUAGUUUAAUGACUAAAAAGUAAAACAAAAGUUCUAGGAAAAACUUUAGGAGAACAUACAAAUCAGUAAACUAGUGGUCACGGGGUACUUUUUCUUCUUUAAAAAAGAGAAAAAAGAAUAGAACGAUAUGAUAUCCAUGUAUC